AUGCCGCCCAUGGACCUCGCCGACGACAAGGUCCUCAUCGUGAGCGGCAAGGACAUUUCGACGCUCUCGCUCGAGAUCCCGCUCUCUUCCAUUCUCUCAAACCAGGCCGACGUGUUCCGCAUGCUCUCGCUGCCCUCGGCGGCCAUCGCACCUCAGGAUGCGGCGCAGUGCCCUCCGCGGAUCGGUAUCAACGCCCCCCACCACACGGUCCUCUUCAUGCCCGCCAGCUCCGAAGGCACCACCAGCGUCAAGUGCGUCUCGGUGCCAAAGCCGUCCGAACCGCUGCCGGCUGGCGUGCCUGGCGGCAUCCCGGGCACCACGCUCCUCUUUCACACCAAGAGCUCGAGGGUGAGGGCCGUGGUCAACGCUGCCGAGCUCACCGCCAUCCGCACCGCUGCCGGAAGCGUCGUGGCCAACGUGCUCGCCAUCCCACCCGCCAGCGAGCGCGGUCGCAGCGUCCGCAACGUCGUCGUCUUUGGAGGCGGGAUGCAGGCCUUCUACCACGCCUGGCUGCUGUGCAGGGUCUACGACGGCAUCGCAAAGGUCACGUUUGCUUUGACCCGCGGCAAGGAGCCCUCCGCGUCGACCAGGGACAGCAUCCGGCGCCUGCAGAGCGUGCUCCAGGGCGGCCAGGUCGCAGUCGAGUGGAGCGACCAGGUCGAGGCCAAAGUGCGCGAGGCCGACAUCGUCUGCUGCUGCACGCCGUCCGACAAGCCCCUGCUGCAGACCGAAUGGGUCAAGGACGGCACCCACUUCAACAUCGUCGGCGCAUACAAGCCGCACAUGGUCGAGCUGCCUGCCUCGCUGGUCCAGCUGGCAACUGCAGGAGGCUCGCUGGUGGUCGACUCGGCCGAGGCAUGUGCCAAAGAGGCCGGCGAUCUCAUCCAGGCCGACGUUGCCGAAGAGCAGCUGGUGGAGCUGGGGACGCUGGUGCCCGACACGGUCGAGGACUGGAAGCGGGUCCGCUCCUGCCCUGCGUGGAAGCGCGACGAGAGCGCGAGGGGCAUCAGCAUCUUUAAGAGCGUCGGUGUCGGUGUCCAGGACGUUGCCGUCACGGCCAUGUUUGUCGACGAGGCGGAGAGGCGGGGCGUCGGGCAGAGGGUCGACUUCUUCUGA